AAUUUGACAUUUGCAAUUGGCAAGUUGAUAACAAAAUGUUUAUUGCUUUCAACGUAUUUCUAAUUAAUGAUAAUUUUAAGCUCUAUUUCUUGUGAUGGCUAUAUUCGAAAGCUCUUCUCAGACCAAAGUUCGAAUAGAUGAUACUGAAAGGCUCGAAUGUGCAUUGGAAAAUGCGCAGAACAUUAACAAACAUACUGAGUAUGUACUACGAGUUCAACGUGGGCCAAAUAAGGAGAACAGAUGGACGGUUUCUCGUCGAUAUAGAGACUUUGCGGCCCUACAUGUUGCACUUCAGCAGGCAAACAUUGAUCUACCGAUUCCACCCAAGAAACUCAUUGGAAACAUGCAACCUUCUUUCGUGGCUGAAAGACAAAUAGCUUUGCAGAAUUAUAUAAAUGAAGUACUAAAACAUCAAAUACUAGCCCUAUCAUUACCAGUAAGGACUUUUUUGGACCCUAGUAAUUACUCUUUGAAUAUAGCAGAACAGGCACUUCAAACUAUGUCAAUAGCUUUAAGAGGAGAUGGACACUAUGAACUGAAAGCAUCUCUACCAGACAUUGGAUGGAGGAUACGGAAACAUUAUUUUUUAGUCACUGAGUCAGUGAGCCAUACAAACUGUGUACUGGCAUGGCAGAGCUAUGGCCCCGACCACAUGUUACAUAGUAAAGAUCUUCAGACAGCUUUUAAGAGUCUCCAGAAUAUAUCUCACCCAUACAUAGACGAAAUAUUAUCAAUACACACCCUUGAAACAGGUGCCUAUGUAGUCAGAAGGAUACACGAAAAUGGGACUGUUAGGGAUUUACUCUACGGAACUGAGUACAGUAAACAGUAUUUAGCCAAAUAUGGAAAUCCUAAAGUAAGAAAACCAUUUACGAACGGGCAAAUAUCACAUUAUGGAUACCAAAUAUUACAAGCAUUGAAGUUUCUGCAUGACAAAGGAUUGGCACACGGGCACAUACACCCAGGAAACAUAGCAAUAGAGAACCAAAGAGCUCUUUUAAUGGACAUAGAGAACUAUCUAAUGGGGGUACCCAGUCUACACAGGCCGUAUAUGUUGGAGCUGAAGAGAAUUAGCUCUGUGGAGGCUGUGGAUGUGUACUGCUUUGGCAGGACGCUAUAUGAAAUGGCGUUUGCUGAGCCCCUUGAUAGUUACUGGAGGGAUAUGUACCCUGAUGAAAUCUCACAUGAUUUGGAGUCCGUGCUCCGACUAUGCCUGUCGAGCAUUAGUUGCAAGCACGGAGGCCCGACUAUAGAACACCUACUGAAUCACCCUUUCUUCACUCACGCAACGCUCAACGGUCUGACCCCUGCAUUUGAUACGAGGGCUCAUCUUAAGUUCCCUCUCACUCUCAAAGACCAGCUCAGAGCGUGCGCCAGUAAUAUGGAAGAUCGACUUCGAAGGGACCAGAAGAUGGUUAGAAGCGCUAAGAAAGAAGUUAGAAUACAGGAAAUACUGAACUCUGAACAGGAGAUGAAGAAACAAAGGAGAAGAGCGAAAAAACGCGACAGUGUAUGGAAAUCGAGUUCUUCGCUUGCCGAUGUUCGUUCUCACAGCGCCAGCACCGCGUCGUCGCCCACGCCGCCCACGCCGCCCCUCUCGGGCGACACGAGCGCCAACAGUUCGUGCGCGGCGGGCAGCAGCCCGGCCGACGCGCGCGGCGCGCUGCUCAGCGCGAUCUGCGCCUUCGACAAGACGCGUCUCGCGCGCGUGCACGCGCAGUGAAACCUCUUCACCAUGAAUUUAUAGUAUAUACCUGGAUUGCUUAAUUGUAAUACCAACUUAAAGCAAAACCUUCUUUAAAAACCAGCCAAGUGUGAGUCAGACUCGUGCACCGAGGGUUCCGUACUUGGGUAUUUUUUCAAUUU